UCGAGAGACGCAUAUUAUACAGAAAACAUGGAGUCCACAAAGAGUAGAUUCGCUCACCUGCUGCAGCCCAUUAGAGAACUCACCAAGAACUGGGAUGUGGACAUAGCCUCAGAGUUACAUGAUUAUUUGGAAGAGCUUGAUGAAAUGUGCAUCACAUUUGACGAAGGUGAAAUAAGAUUAAACUUUGCUGAGGCUGCCCUGUUGAUUCAGGGGUCUGCUUGUAUCUACAGCAAAAAGGUUGAGCUUCUGCAUAGUUUAGUCUACCAAACCCUUGAGUACAUCAACGAUAAAAACAAAAAAAAAAAUAAGCAAGCAGCAGAAUCUCAGAAAAAUAAUGCAGAAGAAGCAGUGCGCAACCAUGACGAAGAUGAUGCUGUGUUUUCAGAUCUUGAGAUAAAUCCUUCAAACUACAAUCAGAAUGGGGAUUCAUUCACUGCAGUGAAUGAUGUUCCUCUUCCUCCUGAAUGUCUGAUUCCUCAAGACACCAGGGCUAAGCAUAAGCUUCCCCUCAUUACCCUUAAAGGUGAGGUCUUGUACAGCCAGAAAGACUUCAGGGUAAUUACCCUGAUUCCAGAGAAUGAUACUAUUCAACUCACAUCUACAAGUGCCGAGUCAAGGGAAUUGAUGGAAGAAAAUCAACACCCUCCAGCAGUUGAGCAGCCUCAAAACAAUGAUGAAGCUCCAGUUUGUGCCACAGUAGCAGAUGUGAAUGUAGAUGCUGCGGAGAAUAACUUUCUUCCUCUAGAUGAUGAUGGUGGCAUGGACGUGGACCUUGGAACAGAGGAGCAUGUUGAAAGACAUCAGGCUCCUUCUGAAGGCAUAAUGAUUAGAGAGAGGCGCCAUGCAGAAGUCAUUAAACCAAGGGAAGAACACUCCCCUGAAGUAAAUGUGUGGGCUCUCCAUGACCCCUAUGCAGCUCUUGAAGAAGAAAAGCCUUUUAAGUCAGGCAAGUGCUACAAGGUUCCUGAAGGUUUAGAUGAUGCAGGAAAGAGGAAAAGAAAACACCAUUCUGUAAUACAGGACUUUGGGAGCUGGUUCAGAGGAAUCUUUGAUCCUCCGCCACAGAGAUUGAAAAAUGGCCCCACCUUUUUAGACCUAAACUACAUUUAUUUAACCACAGUCAAAGACAAACUUAAGACCAAAAAAAGGAUUUAUAGGAAAGCAGGAGUGGUGAUAUCUGAUGAAGAACUAAGACAAACCCUCCUGCAGCCAGAAGACAAAGAAGAACAGAGGAAUGAGGAGGAUCCUAUAUAUGAUCAUCCAGGAAUCCUAGCUGAAGACAAUGAUAACUCUGACAAUGAGCAUGAGGGGUUUCCUGAUGAGUGUGGAGGUGGGCCUGACUUCAUAUCACCAGAUGAUCAGAACGAUGAUCUGAGUUAUGAACAGCUUGUGAAACUGCGUGUUGAGCAGCUUGUGGAGAACUCCCGGGGAUACACUCAGGAGACUGCACUAUCACGGAGAGUUAAAGAAUGGGAAGACCAAAUCAAACCUGAACUGGCUUUGCAGGAAGAACGGCCGGCUUUUGAUAUCCAUGAUUACGGUGACAGGAUUGUAAAUGCAUUCGACAGUGUGGGUCAGCGCAGACCCUUUGCUUCUAUAGUCUCGGGAUUAGAUAAUUUUGAAGUAUGCAAAUUCUUGGUGGCCUCCUUGCAACUGGCUAAUGACUAUACAGUGGAGAUCGACAGUUUAACUGGACUGGAAAAGAGUGUAGAUUCAAUGGGAUUGACACUCCUUAGUGUUCACAGAGCCACAGAAAGGUUUAAAAACCUUCAAGGUUCAAGCUGAGCCAUCAUGACCUGUAUUUUCAAUAUUUUAUCUUUAGCAUUAUACCCUAUUUACUUUGUAUCUGUAAUUAAAAAGCUAUUGAGGUAU